AUGAAUGUCCUGGACAGCAUGGCGCGGUUCAGCGCGCCGGGCGUGUGGAACUACAGCACGGUCACGCUGUCGGACCACGAGCGCGUUCUGUACGUCGGCGCCCGGGAAGCUCUGUUCGCCCUGGACCCCAACGACAUCAGCAGACAACGACGACCACAGAUCGAAUGGCCGGCACCCCAGGACAAGAAGAAGGAAUGUGCCUCCAAGGGGAAGAACAACCAGACCGAGUGUUUCAACUACAUCCGCUUCCUUCAAAGCUACAACAGUACACACCUCUAUACCUGUGGCACAUAUGCUUACCAACCAAAAUGCACCUAUGUGAAUGCGGCCAAUUUUACACUCAGCACUGCCCCCCUGGAGGAUGGGAGGGGUAAAUGCCCCUAUGAUCCUGCAAAGGGCCACACUGGACUCAUAGUGGACGAGGAGCUGUACUCUGCCACACUCUUCAACUUCCUGGGUACGGAAGCGGUCAUCCUGAGGAACCUGGGCCAUCAGCACUACAGCAUGAAGAGCGACGACCUUCCUGCCUGGCUCAAGGAGCCUGACUUUGUGGGCUCCUCGCUGGUGAGGGAGAGCCUCGGCAGCAAGGAGGGGGACGACGACAAGAUCUACUUCUUCUUCAGCGAGCGACCGACGGAGGACCGCAGCUGCUAUGCUGAGCGCACCAUGGCCCGGGUGGCCCGCGUCUGCAAGGGGGACUUGGGGGGCACGCGGACCCUGCAGAAGAAGUGGACCACCUUCCAGAAGGCCCGGCUGGUUUGCUCCCUGCCCGAGAGACACGUGGCAUUCAACAACCUCCGGGCCACCUUCACCCUGCCCGGCCAGGACUGGGGCUCCACCAUCUUCUUCGGCAUCUUCCACGCCCAGUGGGGUGAUGUGGACGUGUCGGCCGUGUGCCAGUACCACAUCAGCGACGUGAAGAAGGUGUUCAACGGAGACUACAACGAGUACCAGGACGACUCCCAGAGGUGGACCCGCUAUACGGGCCCCGUUCCAAGCCCGAGGCCCGGAGCGUGCAUCACAAACUGGCACCGGGAGAACGGCUACAACCGCUCCCUGCAGCUGCCAGACGCCACGCUCAACUUUGCCAAGAAGCACCCACUGAUGGCCGAGGAGGCCCAGGCACGCCCCCUGCUGCUCACCAAGGGGGUCAACUUCACCCGGCUGGCCGUGGACCGGGUCAGCACCCUGGACCAGCGCUCCUGCAACAUGCUCUUCAUCGGCACAGCGGACGGAUGGCUCCAGCGGGUGGUGGUCCUGGGCUUGGAGGCCCAUGUCAUCGAGGAGAUCCAGCUGUUUGAGACGCCCCAGCCUGUCGACAGUCUCACCAUCUCCCACUCCAAGAAGUAUUUGUACAUCGGCUCUCGUUCGGAGGUUCUCCAGCUGCCCUUGGCUAACUGCAGCCGCUAUCAGUCUCAGCCAGACUGUCUGCUGGCCCGGGACCCCUACUGUGCCUGGGACAGUGAGGGUCGCGCCUGCGUUCGCAUUGACCUUCACCGCGGGUCCACAUCCUCCCUGUCCCAGGACCUCAUGUUGGAGCGCUUCAACAGGGGCAAGGCCAAGUUUGACAAGCCCGUCUCCAUCCCUAGCCCAGACCACUCGCGGCUCCGUAACGUGACGGUGGUGGUGGGCUCGGACAUGGUGCUACCGUGCCACCUGGUGUCCAACCUGGCCCAGCCCUUCUGGGUCUUCAACGACCGCGAGCUCCAACUGGGGGACCCCGAGUCCGGGGGGCCCCGAUUCGACCGGGCCCUCAGAGCCCUCGUGGUCCCCGACGCGGGCCAGACGCAGGCGGGCCGCUACGUGUGCUACUCGGAGGAGCAGGGGGUCAAGUUCCAGACGGAGCGCUACCAGGUGGCGGUGGUGGCCAGCGCGCCCGUCUUCAUGGAGGCCCGGGCCCCCGACGGCAGCAUGGGUCUGUUCUGGGUCCUGGUCAUCACGCUGGGCGCCGCCUGCCUGCUGCUCCUGGUGGUGGCGCUCUACCUCCGCCGGAGACUGAAGCUGGCCCUGGGCAAGGGGGCGGACAUGAAGCCCCUGGAGAGCACGCUGGUGUACCCCAUCACCCUGCCCAAGGAGCCGCCCACCUUCGUGCCCAGCAAGAUGCCCACCGACGAGGACCGCUUCUGGGAGACGGGCGCCAACUACUACUACUCGGACGGCUCCCUGAAGAUCGUGCCGGGCCACGCGCUGGGCCCCAGCAGCCUGAGCAGCGUGCCGUCGCCCAGCGCCAUCCCCGGCCAGCCCAUCCACUCCCCCAGCCGCCUCAGCCUCACCAACAUCCGGGGCUCCGGGAGCAACGGCUACAUGCGGCUCAACCUGAGCGCGGCGGCGGGAGACGAGCGGGUUGGCGCGGCUGGCGCUGGCGGCGGCGGGCUGGGAGGCGGGCUGAGCGGCGGCCUGGCCGGUCUGACGGGGCUAGGCAGUGGGAGUGGUGGCGGGGGAGGGGGGGGUGGUAGCAGUGUGGGAGGAGGGGGCAGCGACUAUUCCAGCCCCUUUAAGGAGGAGCUGCGCCGCACGCUGCAGCAGAGGAGCGUGCUGCCGGACGCCAACCCGGAGGAGUCCUCCGUUUAG